CGAUCCCAUUCCAAACAAUCAAAAUUCUAGGGAGUAUAUACUCCGUAAUUUUUAUAGCACAAANACCCCCCCCCCCCCCCCGCUGUCUCGAGUCUCGAAGUGGAACAAGGUAGAAUUCUAUCCCUCCCUCCCUCCCUCGUGCCGUCAGUCGUCAUUCUGUAAAAUUCUCUCUCAGAUAUGUUUCUUAUCGUCUCCCCAAUCUAAUCUCUCCCUUUCGAUUCGACUCUCUCCAAUAUAGAGCUCCGUAAAGGCUUUGGGUGAUACUCUUUGCAACAUUGCUACUCUUUUAGAAGUUACUUUGUGCUAGUAGAUACUAUUUAUUUAUAUAUAAAUACAUUUUAAAAGCAGUAGAACGAGGAUGAGCUUUUUGGGAAAAGAGAUUCCUACCAGUGGCAAAAAUUUAACUUCUGUCAAGAAAACAACUUUGAAUCCAAAUGCAGCAGAAUUUGUUCCCUUCUCACUCGCAUCGCCCUCUGGCAAUACGGCCAAUAAAGAUUUAUCAAAUUUUGCUGAUCCAAGCACAGCCACAGGGAAGUCCCAAUUAGAUAGAUCAGAGUCCUCUGUUUCAAACAACUCAGAUGAUGAGGUGCGCCAAUAUUGGCGUUGCCGUCUCCCUGAUGACAUUACAACUGAUUUCGAGGUCGUGAGGCAAGACGAUGAUCAUCCCAUCACCAAUCUCCCCUUUUCCAACUUGUCCUUAACUGAUAUCACUAAUACUUCAAGGUUGACUGCAUCAACAGGCAGUGCUUUUAUGACAAAAGAAGAGCAGGGCUUAUUGCCUCACCAAAUUAAUGGUACUAGAUUUGUUGAAAAUACAACAUAUCCUGCUUCUUGCUUUACUGAAGAUGAAUCCGCUACAAGUUUUAAUCUUUUGUCUGGUCAACAUUGGGAGAAACAACUUCUGAACAAUCAUAAAUUUCUUGCUAAUGCUAGAGAGGCACCUCCCUAUGAUGUGAACUCAAGAAAUGAUUUUAUCACUGAUAUGUUCAAUGAGCAACCGUACAUGGAGGAUCUAUAUAUAAACCCUGUUGAGUUCCUUGCUUCACAAUUUCCUGGUUUUGCAUCUGAAAGUCUUUCCGAGGUUUACUAUGCUAAUGGAUGUGAUUUGAACCUGACAAUUGAGAUGCUUUCACAACUUGAGCAACAAAUUGAUUGUGAGAUGAAUCGGAAUUCAAAGACUUUACCUACUCCUAAUCUGAAUGCGAUGGAUUUCCCUGCCCUUUCAGUGGCAGAUAAUGAAAACAGCCUCCUGGAUUACUCUGGAGAUGAUCUUCAACAGGAUUUUAGUCCCUACAGGCUAUCAGGGAAAGGUAGUACCGUUGCAUUCAAGUCUGCUUCUUCUCCUCACAGAGGCUCUCUUGAUUUUGCUUCUGCCGUAAAGAAGAUGCCUUCUCAAAACCCUAGCAUCUGGAAGCCUGAGAAACAUGGAUCUAAUGAUGCAAGAGUUGGAUCAAGCAGAAGUUCACAUGGGCUGACCAGCCCUUACAAUGGUAGUCAAAGUAGAGGAGUUUAUGGUGAUGGGUUACAAAGCCGAGGGGGGUUGACUCGUGCAGCUCCUGUUUGGCUUGAAACUGGAGAAACAGUUGCAAAUAUGUACACUGAGAUGCGGGAAGAAGCUCGUGACCAUGCACGCUUGCGCAAUGCAUACUUCGAGCAGGCUCGCCAGGCUUACCUGACUGGCCAGAAAGCUUUAGCUAAAGAAUUGAGUGCAAAAGGCCAACUGCACAAUAUGAAGAUGAAAGAUGCUCACAGCAAAGCUCAAGAAUCUAUAUUCCGCUUAAGGAAUCCAGAGAUGACAACCAAUGUCAGGGGACGGGAAAAAAUCAUUGACCUGCAUGGGCUUCAUGUUUCUGAAGCCAUUCACGUCCUCAAGCGCGAGCUAUCUCUUCUGAGAAAUGCAGCAAGAUCAACCGACCAGCGUCUGCAAGUAUUCAUUUGUGUUGGAACUGGGCACCAUACCAAGGGUUCAAGGACUCCAGCCAGACUUCCAACUGCAGUCCAACGCCACCUCCUGGAGGAGGAGGGGCUCGACUUCUCUGAGCCUCAACCAGGCCUUUUACGGGUCGUUAUUUACUAAAAAAGUCAAGGGAAAAUGCUUUACAGGUUCUUGUCGCAGCCCCCCCCCCCACACACACACACAAACACACACACAUUAUGGUACCUGUAAACUAUAAGCAUGUAACUAUGUAAGUGCAACCUCUCGAGUAGGGUGAGAAACGUAUAGGUGGGAUGAAACCUGAGAGGAGACUCAUUUGUAUGAGGAAAAUGUAAUUUGUUCAAUAGGUCAGUAUGUUUUUUAAAUAGUUAUUUUUUUAGACUUGCAUUUGUCUCUUAGUUUUUUUGGGGGGGUUUAAAUUGCCCAGUGUAACUGAUUGUAUUCAUUUACUUGAUAGAUGACCCAAGUGUCAGUUUGAAAUUUG